AUGGCAUAUAGUGGACUGCAGGCUAAAAUCCACCUGAUCAUUGGUCUAGCGGGAAUUAAGAUAUUCUGUUUAGGUAUCUUGUUGUUUGCAUCGAGUUAUAUGGUAGAGGACCUAUUGAAAGAUUACGCCUAUGGCUUCGACAUUGGAAGAAAUCAUUGUGAAUACUGGGCCGCAUUACCGGUAAGCUAUACGAUCUUCACUUUACAAAAUGAUUCUGGUGGAACAUUGGUUUGGACCACACUGUUCUAGUUUGGGUUUGUCGUUAAGCUCUGCGACUCCUUCAGCAUGCAGUGGUCUAAUACUGCUCAUAUACACAACACGCCUAAAACGGUCGCAUACAACUUGCUUACAACUUGAGUCGCACUGUGUAAAUCAGGCAUAUACUACUCACACCUAGGUUGUUGUAGGCGAGUUGUGUGCUUGAUUCACAGUGUAACUGAAGUAGUUGUAAGCAGGUGGUGGAGAAUGAUGGAUGUAGAGGGCAACAUAUUCCCAAUGAGGAGCAUGCACUAAUAAACAAAUAGUGUUCAAACAGGCGCAGCAACUCUUGAGUGAUAUUGGACUGUUGAAUUUUGAAAGCUUUCUGUCCGCAUUAUAUGAGAGUGGGAAACACAAAAAUUUCAAAUUUCCAUGAUACACUGAUAUUUAUCUUCUUCCCUGGAGGCGAAGAAGGGAGUAUAUUCUAUAUAUGGCAUAUGUUACUACGGGAGGAAACUAGAGCACCAGGAGUAAACCAAUGGUGUUUGGUGAAGUGAAAGACAGUCCUCUUCUCAAAUGCAACUGAGGCGACAUUAUCAUCAGAUCACGGCGUGCAGUGUUGUGACUGCCAACUCUCAAGGCUAGUUUCCACUCAGGAAAAUUAUCCGUGGAUUGGAACGGACAAGAACAUUUUUCUUUGUGUUAAAGUCAUUAGUUCCAACCCAGAGCUCACAAGACAAAGAAAAAUUUUCUUGUCCCUUCCAAGGGCCUGUUCAUAUGAUCCCGCUUACCGGGACGUCUCGCUUACCGAGACGAAUAUUUCCGUGCGUUCAUAUGGAGUAUUUCGUCCCGCUUGCCGAGAUGAAAUUACAUUGUAGUUCUAUAAUUAGCGUAUGCAAAACUUCUACAUUUCAGUCAAGCAACACAAAUACUUAGCCAUUUUAGUGUUUUUCUUCGUUUAUUUACAAGAAAAAGUAUUGCUUCAGGUGGUUAUUUAAUACUUGUUUACAAAACAAACAUAAAACCAAGUAAAAAGUGUUAAAUUAAACCGGCAAGACUUGUUUCACUUCAUCCCGGUAAGCGGGCUGGCGUGUUCAUAUGGAAAAAUUUUCAUCCCGCCUACCUAUGAUCUCGGCAAAUUCAAACGAGAUCUCGGCAAGCGGGCCAGCUCGCUUUCUCAUAUGAACACAAUGCAAAAUUUUAUAGGAAAAUAGAUAGGCGGCGAGAUCAUCGGUAAGCGAGACGUCCCGGUAAGCGGGAUCAUAUGAACAGACCCCAAAUAGUUCCAAUCCACGGAUAAUUUUCCUGAGUGGAAACUAGCCUUUAAUGAACUCUCCUCCUCGUUUGGCUUGAAGCAUGCUUUCUAUUAAUUUAACAUAACAUCGGUCGCAACUGUUUUGAAAAAGUCGUAGUAAAGCCUAGUUUCCAUUUGGUCGUUAGUUGUCGCUGGCACGACAAGUGUUGUCGCUGGCACGACAAGUGGCUGAUGUAAAAGAGUGUCAACAAAACUUUAUAAAACUCUGCAAUCAUUAAGACUGAUUUGCAUAUAACACACAAAAAGACUAUUGAUAUUAGACUAUUUCACAUCUACCGCUUGUCGUGUCAGCGACAACUAACGACCAAAUGGAAACUAGGCUUAACCGACGUUAAAGCCUGAUUCACACUAUAGCAAUGUUGUGUUUCUGACAGACGGAUACAUAUAAAUGAACUCGCACACCUGAGUAUAGCCACUCGCGUUUUAGAAGUAAACAAUUCUAAAUCUUCUGCAGUGUCGUUCAUUCGAUCACAUUUCCCAGGAGGAGAGAAAUCGCCAACAGAAUUCAGUGCUUGUGUGAACAAUGCAUAUAUCUUGUAUAUGGUAUUGUAUGGAAAUCAGUCGUUGUUGACUGCAUGCAAGUGAUAUAACGGUAUAAAAAGCUGCGAAUUGAAAGACACACAACUAUCUAAAAAGUAAGAGCAGAACUUCCGCAGGUUUUGUUGUGGAAUGCCUUCUACUAAAGUAAAUAACAUAAUCUGUUUGUUUGAUUGAUUGAUUUCAUUCGCACUUGAGGUUCCAUUUGGCUUUGUUCUCCUGUCUAAGAAUGUCUAUAAAAUUUGCGAAAACUUCGGAUAAGGAUACAACCACCUCAAAAAUACAAGGACGCCUAAUUUCUAAAAACAAAGGUCGAGGAAGAAAGCUUUUUUGCAAAAUGAAUCCUAAGAUACCGAACUUCUUAUCUCUAUCGAUAUGUGAUUCCAUAAUUGAGCCCCACUAUAACUGAAUGUUCUUUUUAGGUGCAAUUUAGGUACUGUUUUAGUAGACUCCACUGUUUGAGCUUGGUUUAACUCAGCAGCAAGCAGUGCUACAAAACACGUGUAGCCUUGAGUAGGUCACGUUUGGUUAAAUAAAACAUGUAUUGUUAUAGAAAUUUAUUAGCGGGGUGUAACUGUAGGGUGAAGUAGGUUUAAUUAAGAUUUCUUUUUUAUGGAUAUUAGAUGUCUAGUCGGCAUGCAUAAUAAUUCCACAACUUGUGAAAAAGAUGCAACCCAAAGGACAACUACGGUGUAUUGUAACACAAGUUGCGUCGAAUGUAAUGAAAAGCAUAUUAAAGCUAUAAAAGCAAAAUUUCUUCAAGCUCAUAUAUUACUCAGCAUAGUUGUUAUAGCUUUGCCGUUCCUCCAAAUUCUGAUUUUUAUUUUCUUAUUAUAUAGACCAUUCUUACUGGAGUCAUUCUUGUUCUCUCGGUAAACAAACACUUCAAACGAUAUCACGAAUUCUUGGUAAAUAAGGCUCCUUCAUACCGUGUUAUAGCAUUGACCUUAGCUCUAGGUCGCCUAAUAUACUCAUGAAUUAUGAUGAAAACUUUAUCCAGUUCUAUGACUUGAUGAACAAUUUAUUCAGUCUCAGUGGCCAAAGCCUAAUCAAAAGUCUUUCUAGUGAAAACUUUAUGUGCUCAUAAGGUACAAUGAAAAUUUUUUUAAAUCUUAGUACUCGAUCCAAACUUUAACUAAUCAUAAUAAGACUUAAUUAAAACAUUAUCCAAUCCUAGGACUGGAUCAAUAUACUUCACCAGGUAUCCCAAUAUUAUCAUGUGAGCAAAAUAAAGUAAAAUGGUUGGCGAAUUUACUCAUGCAUUAUUGAGUUUGAUAUAUGUUAUUACAUAGAGCUACCUGAGGAUAUGUUGCACUCUCAUCGUGAUGGUUCUAGCUCUGGGUGUUAUGAUUGAAGAAGCCGCUGACAAUGCUUGGUCGCAUACACUGGUUUAUUCAGAUUGCCGGCACAUAGAACCCCUUGGUGUGAUAUGUGACAUGUUGCUCAAAGCUGACAAGUGGUAUUAUGUGAUGCUGUUUACUUCUGAUAUUGUGCUGGUUAUUUCUAUAAUUGCUCUGUUUGCUAUGUUUGCCCAAUGGAUGGUUUUCACUGCUUUG